UCUCGCUUUGGCACCGCCCCCGCCCCGCCCCCGGUCACGAGCGCGCCAGACCCCGCCCCGGCCUGUCCCGGGCGAUUCCUGCGGACCCGGCUGCGGCGACGCCAGGAGACCCCAAGCUGCAACGCCGAGUGGAAGCAACUAGAACGCCAGAACUCUGAAAGCCACAGGUGGGGGCUGAGCGAGGCCUGGCCUCAGGAGCCGAGGACCGCCCCCCAGCCCCCCACGAGUGCCGCAGUCCACUGUAGUGGGUGGAGCCCGUCUUGGUGCGCAGUUGGAAAACCUCGGAACCCCUCCGGAUCUCCCGGCUGUCACCCGCAGCCCCCGCCAGCCUAGGCCCUACCGUAGAGAUGCCUUCUUCGGUGACGGCUCUGGGUCAGGCCAGGUCCUCCGGCCCCGGGAUGGCCUCCAGCGCCUGCUGCUGCUCCCCCGAGGCCUUGCAGAGGAGACUGCCCAUCCUGGCGUGGCUGCCGAGCUACUCCCUGCAGUGGCUGAAGAUGGAUUUCAUCGCCGGUCUCUCAGUUGGCCUCACUGCCAUUCCCCAGGCACUGGCCUAUGCUGAAGUGGCUGGACUCCCGCCCCAGUACGGCCUCUACUCUGCCUUCGUGGGCUGCUUCGUCUAUUUCUUCCUGGGCACCUCCCGGGAUGUGACUCUGGGACCCACCGCCAUUAUGUCCCUUCUGGUCUCCUUCUACACCUUCCACGAGCCUGCCUAUGCUGUGCUGCUGGCCUUCCUGUCCGGCUGCAUCCAGCUGGCCAUGGGGGUCCUGCAUUUGGGGUUCCUGCUGGACUUCAUUUCCUGCCCCGUCAUCAAAGGCUUCACCUCUGCUGCUACAGUCACCAUCGGCUUUGGACAGAUCAAGAACCUGCUGGGACUACAGAACAUCCCCAGACAGUUCUUCCUGCAGGUGUACCACACCUUCCUCAGGAUCGCAGAGACCAGGGUAGGUGAUGCCGUCCUGGGGCUGGUCUGUAUGCUGCUGCUGCUGCUGCUGAAGCUGAUGCGGGACCACAUGCCUCCCGUCCACCCUGAGAUGCCCCUUGGUGUGCGGCUCAGCCACAGGCUGGUCUGGUCUGCCACGACAGCUCGCAACGCCCUGGUGGUCUCCUUCGCGGCCCUGGUUGCAUACUCCUUCGAGGUGACUGGAUACCAGCCCUUCAUCCUGACAGGGGAGACAGCUGAGGGGCUCCCUCCAGUCCGAACCCCGCCCUUCUCAGUGACCACAGCCAACGGGACGAUCUCCUUCACCGAGAUGGUGCAGGACAUGGGGGCCGGGCUGGCCGUGGUGCCCCUGAUGGGCCUCCUGGAGAGCGUUGCGGUGGCCAAAGCCUUCGCGUCUCAGAAUAAUUACCGCAUUGAUGCCAACCAGGAGCUGCUGGCCAUUGGUCUCACCAAUGUGUUGGGCUCCUUCGUCUCCGCCUACCCAGUCACAGGCAGCUUUGGACGGACAGCCGUGAACUCUCAGUCGGGGGUGUGCACCCCGGCGGGGGGCCUGGUGACGGGAGUGCUGGUGCUGCUGUCCCUGGACUACCUGACCUCACUCUUCUACUACAUCCCCAAGUCCGCCCUGGCCGCCGUCAUCAUCAUGGCCGUGGCCCCGCUGUUCGACACCAAGAUCUUCAGGACGCUCUGGCGCGUUAAGAGGCUGGACCUGCUGCCCCUGUGCGUGACCUUCCUGCUGUGCUUCUGGGAGGUGCAGUACGGCAUCCUGGCCGGGGCUCUGGUGUCUCUGCUCAUGCUCCUGCACUCCACAGCCAGGCCCAAGACCAAGGUGUCAGAGGGGCCGGUUCUGGUCCUGCAGCCGGCCAGCGGCCUGUCGUUCCCCGCCAUGGAGGCUCUGCGGGAGGAGAUCCUAAGCCGGGCCCUGGAAGUCUCCCCGCCACGCUGCCUGGUCCUGGAGUGCACCCAUAUCUGCAGCAUCGACUACACCGUGGUGCUGGGGCUUGGCGAGCUCCUCCAGGACUUCCAGAAGCAGGGCGUCGCCCUGGCCUUCGUGGGCCUGCAGGUCCCUGUUCUCCGUGUCCUGCUGUCCGCUGACCUGAAGGGGUUCCAGUACUUCUCCACCCUGGAAGAAGCAGAGAAACACCUGAGGCAGGAGCCAGGGGCCCAGCCCUACAACAUCAGAGAAGACGCUGUUCCGGACCACAAGGUCGCCCUGCUCAAGGCGUAAUGGGGCCACCCAUGGGCAUCCACAGUUUGCAGGGUGUUCCGGAAGGUUCUUGUCACUGUGCUUGGAUGCUGGAUGCCGCCUGAUAGACAUGCUGGCCCUGAGCAGGUAACCUGGGGAGGAGAAGGAAGCCAGGCCUGGAGGUCUACGGCGGGGGCGGGGUCGGCUCAGUGGCUUCCUGCCGGAUGACUGGAAAAUGACCUCGCUGCUGUUCCCUGGCAUGACCCUCUUUGGAAGAGGGGUUUGGAGAGAGUCUUCUAGAAUGACAGACUGUGCGAGGAAGCAGGGCCAGGGGUUUCCGGCCUGGGCUGUGCGAGGCGUCCUGGGGCCCGCAGCACCUUCCUGGCUCACCAGUGCCACCUGCAGGGGAGGGACGGGGCAGGCGGGAGUCUGGGAGGCGGAUCCGCCGUUUGCGGCGUCUGUGCUCUCCAGGAGAAAACCAAGGUGUGCCAAAUGACGUCAAGUCUCUAUGUAAAAAUAAUUCUGUUUUGUAAACGGAGAAAGUGAUAGCUUCGGUGAUUUUGUAAAAGUCAUAAAUGCUUAUUGUAAAAAAUACAGGAAACCACCCCCCAACCCCAUCCACUUGGGUGAUCACUCCAGACCCCUCCCCAAACGUGCCUGUCCGUCAGCACGUGAUGUAUGUUUACAGUUUACAUAAAUGGGAUCAUUCUAUACAUUGUGCUCUGGAACCCCCUUUUUUCAUGCAGUCGUUUGCAGUGAGUUAUUUAUUGUGAUAAUAAAUAGCAUUAGAACACA